AUGUCCCUGGGGGGCUCCAGCCGCCGCAGAGAGGGAACUUCCCGGGGGCCCCACGGCAUCCUCGUUGGCGCCGGGCUCAGGCCCUCAACCCUGCCUCCCUCACGAGGCUUCCCCGGAGGCGGCGAGAGCGCGGCCGGCCCGGAGGAGGCCCCAGCCGCCAGCCCGCUGCUGGAAGACCUCAGGCGGCGGGUGGCGCGCGCCUUCCAGCGGGCGGUGCCGCGCGGCGGCUCGAGGCGCUCGCGGGAGGAGGAGGCGGCGGAGGCGGCGCGGGAGGAGCAGAGCCGAGCGCGCGUCGAGAGCGCCCUGGCCGGGCUGCGCGCCGAGCUGCUGGAAAUGCGUUUCCGAAAUUGCCAGCUGGCCAGAACUUUGCUGGAUUUAAACACGAAAAUGCAGCAAUUGAAAAAGGAGUAUGAACUGGAAAUUGCAUCAGAAUUGCAAAGCUCGGAAGAUAAUGUCGUGAAUAUGGAAUGA